GAUAAGAUUAAGCUACCCCGCCUGUCCCCCGCUUCAAUACUUGCGUACCUCGUAGGGCUGAAGGCAACCAAAAGAUGACAUAAACGGGGAGGCAAAUUGACAUAUCAGUGGUUUGAUGUCGGCAGUUCCUCCCGAGCUCCUUAUUUCAACGACGCUACAUAUCACUUUACCACGACAUUUCAAUCGAAUCCAGAUAUACAAAAACCUGAUAUUUUCAUCUUGAGUAUUCUGAAUCCAUCGAGCAUAUUGAACGACAUCAUCACUACUAUGUCGACAAAUCCAUUAGGACCGUCGGCCAUCCUUCAGCAGAUGGCCGAUGCUCUGCCCACCCAUCCUCAGGGCGACACCACUUCUGAUUUAAGCAGUUCUCACGAAGCAUUGGCCUUAUUUGCCCACGCCUGCAUGGCAUCUCUUGGAUUUCGCCUCCUUGGCUUUGACGAGGACAAGCUUGACGAGCCACAAUGCCAUGAGAUGGCUCCACGACUGCCUCCCAACUGGAACGCAUCGUUCAACACCUACGCAUUUGUGUAUGCGCAUCAGCAAUCGGCGCUUCGCUUUGUCAUUAGGACUGACCGCAUGGGAGGCAAAGCCGAGAUCCGUGGACUAGGCAUCAACCACGAUCGCAUCACACGUGUAGAAGUGACCAUCAAGGACUUUGUGUCUAACGCAGCGCUUCCCGUCAGAAUCCCUAUUACUGAGGACGGAGAAGAUCGCUCUAACCUGCCACAAUCAUUGCGAAAUGUCUUCAUAUCCGAGAGUCGCAUUGAGGAUCUAGCCAACCUCAUUAAGAUCAACAUUGUCCAAAGGCUUUUGCCAUCGCUCCAGAAGGAAGGCUACGAAGAAUCUGCCGACGACAGAGCCGCGCGUGACGAUGCCGACGAAGCAGGCCGAAGACCGCCGAGACAACCCGUCAUGCCAGAUCCACUACCCCAGCCGGCUCAGCCGUAUCCGUUCAACGACCCACUUAACCCGCCUCCUCGCAAUCCCGUCCCGGCUGGAGAUUUCCCUCCCCCAGGCUUCGAAGACCCUUACGACAUCAACCGCCCGGCACGGAAUCCACUACACCCCGACCGUACUCCAUUUGGAAAUCUUGGGGCUGAUGAUCUGAACCCACCUGGAUUGGGUCCACACGAUCCCCUACGCCCCGGUUUGGGCGUUGGAGGGCGCCUACCUCAACCAGGAGGUCGUGGUAUGCAUCCGACAUUUGACGAUCCUCUUUUCGGAGGCCCAGGUGGCGAUGACGGUCUCUAUGAGCCCCAGGUGCCACCCGGAGCCCGCUACGAUCCAUUAGGACCAGGUGGUGUUCCAAGACUAGGAGGUCGUAGACCCGGUGGUGGUAAUGGACCGUUUGGCGGCGGAUUUGGUGGUGGAUUCGGUGGCUUUGGUGGAGGCGAUAUCAUCUAAUAUGACUAGCCUAAUAAUCAACUGUAGUCUAGUUUUAGGUGAAGUUGGACGUGGAUAAGAAAGUCCACAAAAGGAGAUUGUAAUAUUGGAUCGUGUAUUCUUAACUCCUUACUGUCAUUACUAACACUUUCAACGCAGCUAUUGUUGUAACGAGAAAGUAUGACUUACUGACUUGCCCAUGAUAUGGCUAU